AUUAACAGCACGAUUCUUUAUUUGACACUUUGUUUUGAAAGACCCCCCCAUGCUACACGCUACAUUUACCACUAGGAGGACAAUAAAUGAUUUCUACAAUUAUUUUCCCCCGCUAACUAUUAUUAUUUGACCAGCGGGAGAGUUUAUGAGGUGAAUGUUUCAAAGUGAAACACCCGAAAAGCGGCAGUGUUGCUACAGUGACGAGUUAGCUAGUUAGCUAGCUAGAACUUAGUUGCUGUUUAGCUAGUUAGCUAGCUAAAAGUUAGUUCCUAGCUAGCUAGCUAACCAAGUCCGGUUCUAAUCAGCUUGACUUCGCCCAGCUGCGCCACACCAUUCAGGAAACAGGUGAGGUGUGUCGCCUCGCUUCCUUUGGCACAUUUAAAUGACCACACGCCGCCUAACGGAGGCGUCCGGCAGCGGGGAGCGCCAGACUCGGUCCGUGAUCCGGAGGAUUUGAACUGGGAUUCCCGUCCGUGCCGACCUUCCACCGUACAAAGACCGGCUGUGUGACGGUGGUCCUGUCAACAGUCUUGGGCUCCGUUCGGCGUCGGUUAUUUCCAUCAAAGUCAUUCAAAAGGCUGGCUGUCAAAUGUCCCACACUGAUGUGACAAGUGAACGUCUCACCACUGGGGACUGACUCCGCCCUCUUCUUCAUCUUUCCCAUCCGAGCCAACCAUGAAUCCUUCGCUCUCAGACUCCACUGAUGGUGACUCACCGCCAUAUUCGGGCCCUGAGCCCCGUGUUGACCCCCGACCGCAGGCCGGCGUGCCCGUGCCCUCUCCGGACCUGCGGCCGUCGCCGCUCCCGUGCGCAUGCGGCGAGGAGGGGGCGGAGUUGGAAUGCUCGGUGUGCUACAGCCAGUUCAACAACGUCUUCCGCUGUCCCAAGGUGCUGGCGUGCAGACACACCUUCUGUCUGGAGUGUCUGGCCCGCAUCAACGUCAAGUCGGCGCAGCCCGCCGCCAUCCAGUGCCCGCUGUGCCGCCGCCUCACGCCGCUGCCCGCCCUCGGCCUGCCCAAGCUGGCCACCGACUCCGGCGUGUUGGCGUCGCUGCCGGCCGCCAUGCAGCGUGUUUACAGCGUCCGCUUCCACCGCAGCAAGGGCAAGCUGCAGGUCAAAAGGUUGUCUGAAGCUCAGCCGCCCUGGGGUCAGAGGUCGCUGGCGGUCAGACACUCCCUGCACGUGGGCCUGCCCAGCCCGCCCAUCAGGAGCGGCGGUGGCGGCGAGACUGGCGGCGGCGGUGUGGGCGGGGCUCUGUUCAGGCUGACCGGCCGGCCUCUGUGCCGCGCCCUCCUGCUGACGUUGGUUCUGAUGAUGACCGUGGUGCUGACGGGUAUCGUGGUCUUCUUCCUCACCUACAGCGUCGACGCACUCUAGCCCCGCCCGCUGUCGCCAGAAAGGUUAAAGGUGACGAUGACGCCUUCACGGACACUUCAGUUUUUCAGAGAAUUCCAUGCAGAUGUUAAAAGUAUUUGUCAUUUUUUUUAGACUUUUACUGUUCCAUAGAAAAUGUAUUUAAAUAUUUAAACUUUUCAACUUAAUAAAUGGGCCUUUUUCAUU